AUGUCUGCUGGUGCUUGUAUUGUUGUAGUCACGCUCUUGGCUUUCAUGUCCGCCAUUACGAGAUUGAUUGUUUCGAGAACUAUGGCCGUUGGAUUUCCUGGUGCCGUGUCGACGCCGCGGCUGUGGUUGAGGUGCGCUGAAGCAGUUGCCCAUAUUUUUAGGGAUCUCGGUUCAACAGACCCCAAUAUUCAGGCGGUAUAA